AUGUGUGAUGGAUCUGAUUUGAUCGUGUUGCGAUGGUACUCUGCCACGAGACGUGCGCAGCUCACCGUCACGACGUCUUCCACAAAGCGCCGUAAGGUAGCAGAGCCUCGCAGACCAGGAACACUUCCGGGUUUGUCGUUCGCCUCGCAGGCCGGAAGACGUCACGGUCAACCUCCUAGCUCCGAUCGCUCCUCCAACUCCAACUCUUCCUCCUCGGCCUUGCCUCAUCGCCGCUCCUCGCCCACCUCCCCUUCGAACCGCAGUCAGAGUUCAUCGACCUCACCGCCUCCCCGCUACAUUCCCGCCCACCUGCAGGACGAAGUCUUGGGAACCAGAUCUCAUUCCUCCCCGACCCCGGAUCCCACUGGUAGUGCCGUCGACUACCCCUCGGCCGCCUGCGCUGGUUUGACGCUACACAGCGAUCCCGCGACCGAUAUGUCGGGCUCGGACGAAAAGCUUCACGCUCGCGGAGCGUCAGACACUGAACAAGAUGUGGUGAUGGAACAGGUUCCCGCCUCGAAGGAUGGUCAACCUCACUCCGACCAGCCGGAUGCGAUGGACACCUCUGCGUCGGGAGACGACAACUCAACUGGCAACGAGGACAGCUCCAUUUCAGACAAUGUAUAUCCUACUCCGUCCAGCAUGUCCACCUAUACGGCUUCCACCGAGACACGAGCCCACUCAAAAGCGGAGGCUUCCGUCGCAUCCGCUGAGCCUCCUUCCUUCGAUGACCAGGUGGCGCAAGUGACCCGGUUCAUGAUGCAACCUAUGCAGAGGAAGCAGAAAGGAUAUGUGGUGUCCAUGUCGUGGUUGAAGCGGGUGUUUGCGCGAAGCUCUACCCAUGCAGACCAGGCGGACAAGACCGCUGCCGAAGGGGAGAUUGGCCCGGUCGACAAUUCCGAUAUCGUCCUGGUCACUGACCCGGCCAACACAGGCUUCAAGGACGAGAAUGGAGAGCCGUUUGUCCCCCUGCGACCGGGCUUGCAGCUUGGAGAGGACUAUGAGAUCGUGCCCCAGGGAGGUUGGGACCUGAUCAUGCAGUGGUACGGCCUUGCCGAGCAGUCUCCCGCCAUCGUCCGCUACGCUCACAACACCGCACCCCCGGGCGAAGGCGAGAACAUUCAAUACGAGAUCAACCCUCCGAUCUUCACGAUUCUGAAGCUCACGAACCCGUCCGCUGGAACCACCCCCAAGUCACUCAAGGAGAGGAACAUGCUGCCUGUGCGACAUCUUGCCAGUAGGCACACAAGUUUCCAAAAAUGGCUGAAGCAAGUAAAGAACCUUGCAAGAAUCGAAAUGUCGACCAAGGUCCGCGUCUGGAGAAUCCUGGAUGGUCUCGGAAGUGCCACCACCUCCGCUGCGGUCACUCCAGCUGCCUCUCGGACUGCCUCACCAGCGCCUUCCGCAUCAACUGCGCCCCACGCUGGGGGCAGUCUUGUGCUCGAUCUCAACACCUUUCUUUCCCUUUCCGAAGGCUCGCAGCGGGAGUUGCUGGAAGAUGCUACUGAUCAAACUACUAACCCCAAAUACAACGGUCGCAUGCCGUUGGAUCUUGUCGGGCUGGGCGGCAGUGAUAUCGUGGUACUCGAAGAGAGACUUCCUGGGAAACAGGGCGACUGGGUAUCCGAAGCUUCUAAACAGACUCUGAACCGCCUGGGGGUGCCAACCGGGAACCUCAAGACCGAGGUGUCUACCAAGGUGAAGACCAAGAGCCCUGCUACUAGUGGGCGCUCAUCUCCAGUCCCAGAGCCUGCCAGGGGAAGGCGCAAGGAUGGCAAACCCCGUGGCAAUACGGGUCUGAGUAACCUUGGCAACACAUGCUACAUGAACUCUGCCCUGCAGUGUGUUCGUAGCGUGGAGGAAUUGACCUACUAUUUCUUGAAUGAGGUGUACAAGAAAGACCUCAACCCCAGCAACCCCUUGGCCCACAAUGGUGAUGUGGCUAAGGCCUAUGCCAACCUGCUCCGCCAAAUCUACGACGAGGCAGGUCAGUCAUCUUUUGCGCCUAGGCAACUGAAACAAACUAUCGGCCGCUAUGGUCCGGCUUUCUCUGGUUACGGACAGCAGGACUCACAGGAGUUUCUGCUGUUCCUUCUUGAUGGUCUUCAGGAAGACCUGAACCGAAUCCAGAAGAAGCCCUAUAUCGAAAAGCCGGACUCCACGGAUGACAUGGUCCACGACAAAGCGAAAUUGAAGGAGUUUGCCGAUAAAUGCUGGGAGAUCUACAAGGCUCGCAACGAUUCCGUGGUCACGGAUCUUUUCGCUGGCAUGUACAAGUCUACUCUCGUCUGUCCUGCUUGUGACAAGGUCAGCAUUAUCUUUGACCCGUUCAACAAUCUUACCCUUCAGCUCCCGAUUGAAAAUCUCUGGAGCAAGGAGAUUUUCUACUUCCCUCUGAAUAAGAAGCCAGCUAUUGUGGAUGUGGAGAUCGACAAGCACGCCAGCAUCAAGUCUCUUAAGGAAUUGGUCGCCAAGAAGAUGGGUUCUGAUCCUCAACGCCUGGUCAUGUCUGAGAUCUACAAGCACAAGUUCUACAAGAUGUUUGACAACGCAAACUCUAUUGCCGAAUGCCAGAUCAGCAAUAACGACGAUAUUGCCAUUUAUGAGGUGGAGUCUGUUCCGACCAACUACAACCCAGACAAACCCCAGAAGAGUUACUUCUCUUUCAAUCGGUCAGAACAUGAGGCGAUUCCGGAUAUCGAUUCUCCCAGGGCGGAUCGACUGCUUGUGCCUAUCUUCAAUCGUUAUGAGAAGCCAAGGUCGAACAACCCGAAGAACACCUUGCGGCCCCUGUUCGGUGUGCCUUCCUAUGUUGUCAUCAACAGGGAGGAGCUCGGCGACUAUGAUGCUAUUUUCCGGAAGGUUCUCGCGCAGGUGGCUUCCAUGACAACGCGCGAUUUUCUCAACGAAGUCCAUGAUACCGAGUCCAACCAGGAAGACUCAGAUACUGUUGUCAUGAACGAUGAUGACGCAGAAUCAGCUGAUUCCAAGAUCAAGACGUCUUCAGUCGACGGGGAGGAUGGGAUUGUUGAUGUUUCGAUGCGCGACGCAGACGACACUCAAGAAGAUGCCUCAGCUCGCCGUGAGGGUGCCAUUCCUUCAAACCUUCGUAGCUUAUUUGAAAUGAAGAUCAUCAGAUCGAACGAGGUAGUCCCUCUCGGCUUUUCCUCGGUCGAUGACCACAAGGAGUACCCCCGGAUGUCUUUCAGGAUCAAGACAAAGCCCGUUCCGAAGAAGCAGGAGCCAGCUCCUCCCAUGAUCCGACCGGGCGAAGGAAUCGUGGUCGACUGGACAGAGGAUGCCUACGAUGCUCUGUUCUCUGGCGAUAUAGACAGAGACUCUCUCCGUGGUAGCCCGACGUGGACCAACGUUGAGAGGCACCCGGAUCCGGAGCUGUCCAAGAAGCGCGCACUCCGGCAGAUACGCAAGAAGAGAGGCGUCACUCUGUACGAGUGCUUGGAUGAGUUCAACAAGGAAGAGAUUCUAUCCGAGAAUGACGCCUGGUACUGUCCUCGCUGCAAGGAGCAUCGCCGGGCUAGCAAGAAAUUCGAACUCUGGAAGACGCCUGACAUCUUGGUCAUGCAUCUCAAGAGAUUCAGCGCCAGCCGCGGUUUCCGAGACAAGCUUGAUGUUCUGGUCGACUUCCCUGUGGAAGGUCUCGAUAUGAGCGGGCGGGUCGAAGCCCCGGAGGAAGGCAAGAGCCUUAUCUACGAUCUCUUCGCUGUGGACAACCACUAUGGUGGACUUGGAGGUGGUCACUACACGGCUUACGCCAAGAACUUCAUGACCGGUCAAUGGAACGAAUACAAUGAUUCAUCUGUGUCGCGACCCCUUGAUCCGCAGAGUGUGGUCACCUCGUCGGCUUACCUCUUGUUCUACCGCCGUCGUUCCGAUCGACCCCUGGGUGGCAAGGUUCUCGAGGAGAUCACCGAGGCAUCGACACGUCCAGGUAGCGACGCAGACUCCCAGAGCGAGUCGCGCGGGCAGUCUCCGUCGGGGGAAGGUCGGCGUCUCGGCGGCUCCUCCCGCAAUGGGUCGUCGAGCGCAUUAGCCGGAGUCGGAGCAGCUCACCAAUUGGGAGAUGGUGGUUUGCGAACUGGAACGCAAGCGAAGAGCGGGGAUGAAGACUCGCCGCCGGAAUAUUCCAACAGCCCCUCGUAUGGCGAGCAGAGCAUGGGCCAAGCCAAUCGACUGUCAGGUAUGGAUUUCGAAGACGAGGAGUUCGGACACGGACCGCAACCCAGCCCGUUCCGCCACGUGGACCCGCCCUCGUGGUCAUUCAGUCAAAUCUCGGAUGCUCACGGCCCUUCACAGAUGACCGCAGCGCAACGGGGAUCGAUCUCUGAUGAUGAUUUGCUCGACGACGAUGACAGUAACAAGGCCGUUGGGGGCGGUGACGUCAGCGAUACCGACCUCCGAAUGGCGGCUCUCACUGACAGCCCCGGAGGGGGGUUGGGUUUCCCUGGCACGCCCACGGAGGAGACCUCCUUCCAGGAGCUGCACCCAUUCGGUGGGGAUGGAGAUGACGACGACGACGAUCUGCCGGUGGUGGAAUUGCAAGUGAACGAGGAAGACCGAAUUCUGCCCUAA